AUGGCGGCGGCGGCGGGGGGCGCGGCGCUGUGGCGGCGGCUGUCGGCCUGGCUGCCGCGGGGCCGCCUGGGCCUGGCCGCGCUGCUCGGCCGCCUCUCCGACCGCCUGUCCCGCGGCCGCGACCGCCGCGCCCGCAGAUCAUCAUGGCUUCUUCUAGCCCCGUUGCUCACCCCUCCUGUUCCUGUGAUCACAGCCCCACCUUGUUCGCUCUGUCCAGAAGGAGCACACAGGUUCCAGUGGAUCGGGAAUCUGGUUCCAGAGUUUGGGAUCUCCAGCUCGCAUGUCAAGGUGCUUUCAUCCCCAGCUGAAUUCUAUGAACUCUUGAAGGUGCAGAUAAAAACAGCCGAGCAGCGAGUGGUGAUGGCUUCACUGUACCUGGGAACGGGGCUCCUUGAACAGGAGCUGGUGGAUUGCUUAGAAGAAACACUGGAGAAAUCACUGCAAACAAAAGGAUCGUCUAACCUCAGAGUUUCCAUUCUUCUUGACUACACCAGGGGAUCUCGGGGUAGGAAGAAUUCUCGAACAAUGCUAAUUCCCUUGCUGCAGCGAUUCCCUGAGCAAGUCCGUGUGUCCCUCUUCCACACUCCAAACCUGCGUGGACUUCUCAGGCUCCUGAUUCCAGAGCGUUUUAAUGAGACCAUUGGACUGCAGCACAUCAAGGUCUAUCUCUUUGAUGAUAAUGUGAUCCUGAGCGGCGCAAACCUGAGUGAUUUGUACUUCACCAAUCGUCAGGACCGCUAUGUUCUCCUGCAGGACUCUCCUGAGAUAGCAGACUUCUUCACGGAGCUAGUGGAUGCGAUUGGAGAUGUGUCUCUGCAAUUACAGCAAGAUGAUACAGUCCAGAUGAUGGAGGGGAUGGUACACCCGUACCAAGGAGACAAGAUGGCUUACUGUGAGAUAGCAAAUCGAAGAGUCAUGGAGGUGAUCAACUGUGCCAGGACACGACAAGAACUCCUUCACGCAAAGACUUUCCACAGCAGCCAGGAAGGCAGCUCCUUGUUAUCCCAGCAAGGCUCUCAAGCAUCUGGGGGUCUGAAACCAGAACCUGACACCUGGAUCUAUCCCUUAAUCCAAAUGAAACCUUUUGGGAUUCAAAUAGAUGAGAUGGUCACAGAGACGCUGCUGACAGAGGCUGAGCGGGAUGCCAGGAUAUACCUUACCACUGGCUACUUCAACCUGACACAAGCUUACAUGGACCUCAUUCUGGGCACUAGGGCUGAGUAUCGGAUUCUUCUGGCCUCACCGGAGGUGAAUGGUUUUUUUGGUGCCAAAGGGGUGGCAGGUGCCAUCCCUGCUGCCUAUGUUUACAUUGAACACCAAUUUUACAGUGAGGUCUGCUACCUUCACCAACAGGAGAGGGUCCAGCUGCAGGAGUAUUCUAGGGCUGGGUGGACUUUCCAUGCCAAAGGCCUCUGGCUGUACCUGGCAGGAAGCGAUCUUCCCUGCCUAACUCUGAUUGGCUCUCCUAAUUUCGGAUAUCGAUCAGUUCAUCGUGACUUGGAAGCUCAGGUUGCGAUAGUGACAGAAAAUAAAGCUUUGCAGCAGCAACUGCAUCGGGAGCAGGAGCAGCUUUACCUCUGCUCAGGUGUAGUCUCAUCAUCAACAUUUGAGCAGCCGAAUCGUUAUGUGAAACUGUGGGUGAAGCUGGUAACACCUCUGAUCAAGAAUUUCUUUUGAAAGAAGAAAAGUUGCUGCUUUGGGUUAAAGGUCCAGACAUAGGUGGGACCUCGCAUCCGUGUCUUAUAGACAGGACAUUCAUAGACGUUCUUGGUGUCCAUGCGGUCCACAGGGAUGGCUCUGAUGAAGAUGACUGGCAUCGUGGGCGUCAACUCCUUCAGUCGAGCGUCUGCGAUCACACCAGAAGGGAUGUCCCAUCGAGCACCUGCAAUAUUAUGAAAUUGUCAGGGUACCAGCUACCCAGUGGCUUUUUCACUUAGAGGGGGCUGUUUUCGUAACUACUAAUGGGUGGGAAGGAGUUGCUCUAGCAGCACAGUCGAGGAUGGAGUGUGAAGGUUGGGUAGCCAUGGCUUAGUAGUCAUUAGGGCUAACAUGUUAUCAUCUCACUGUGACUCAUGAAUGCAUUUUGCCUUACUGUGUGUGGGAUGUCUAAAUAAAUUCUGUCCCCACUCAUCCCUUCAGCACCGGGUUUGCAUGAAAGUUGCAUAGCUGAAGGUAGAAUUUGGCCCUGGUGGGAACUACGAUAAGCUGUCCUACGUGGUCUGUGCUCUUGUUGAAGUGGACUCCUUUGGUGCUCUGCUGAUAACUGCCAUCUCAUUCCCCUGCAUUUUUUAGCAGUAAUUUUUUUAGGUUCUGAGUUUCCUGAUUUGUCUUACUCACACAUCAAAUAAGAGCGUAAUAUAUUUAUUCACUAGAACCAUGUAGCUUCAGACAACCCAGUCCUCAGGUUCCUGAUAGGCAGUCUGAAUUUCCAAAAAAACAGUUUCUGGUUUGUGAAACUCUGCUUGUAAACUGGACGGGUGCUGCCCUCAGCUGGCAUGUCUCUGACGUUAGCGUGGAAUAAAGGCUCCGCUGCUUGGAGCUUUUGCAAAAGCUGUACAAAUUCACAUAAGCCAGUGAGUACUAACACCUGCUCUGUUUGCAAGAAUUUUUAAGGCUGAACUGGGCUUCUUUCUCUGUGUCUGAAACAUAAAAGAUGCAGUCUUUUACCUUCCAUGAAUAAUCCAUGCACGUAGGAGCCUUCUCUGGGUGGAGCUGUUAUAUCCUCGCGGUUUUUCUUAGUCACUUCCACUGAAAGACACAUCUUGUCCAGUGGCCAUUCGUUCUUUCUGGCUGUGGACUGCAUGAUAGCAGUGAGGAAGGACUGGGGAUUGAAGAAUCCUGCCAGCCACACUGUUGCAGGCAGCACAAAGUCUGUUGUCCAGACUUCCAGUUCCUGGAAAAUAAAAACAGCAAAGUACUUCAGAGUGAAGCAUGGCCUUUGAGCAGCAGAAUACUGCUUUGCGAUAUGGUGUGACAAAGAGCUGAUGCUUCACUGUGCCUGACACGAGCUUCAGGUAAUCUUCCAGAUGGGGAGACUAGGAUGGAGGUGGUCUGUGAUGAAUAAAUAGCAGAUUCCACUGCAGCAAUGAAACUUAAAUCGUUAAUUUGGAUUGCAGUAAACACUGCUAUUAUUUUUUUAACAAAGCCACACUUUAAAUAGAUGGUUUUAUUAAAUAUUUUUUUCUUCUGAGAGAUAUAAAGUUAUGAUGGGGUUAGCUAAUGUUCUUUUGAAACAGUGAUAUACUCUAAUGGUGAACCCUUUCCAAACUUCUGCUCUUAUUCUUGGGGUAACAGGCCAUUUCAGGUACUUCAAACUGCUUAAAUUAAUAUUGAAAAAUAAACCAGUUAACCACUGUA